GACAUGCUAAGCUGAGGACACAGAUGGAGAGAAAACAUGGUAGGUUGGUCCCAGAGGUACAUGACAGAUUGGACAAAGAGUUCAUUAAAAGCAGAUCAUGGACAGCAAAAUGGAUAGGGGACAAUCAAAAGGCUAUUUUCCAGGUGACUAAAAAGCCACACCAAUAUGUUGUCAAUGUAGAUGAAGCAUCUUGCACUUGUAGGGGGUGGGACCUCUCUAGAAUUCCUUGUACACAUGCAGUUGCUGCGAUUUGUUGGCUUCAUAGGGAUCCAGCAGAAUUUGUGCAUCAAGCAUACACAAAGAAGACUUAUUUAAAGGUAUAUGAGCACAAUGUGCAGCCCACAAAUGGUGAGAACUUGUGGGUUGCUGUUGGAGGUGAUGCCAUAGAAGCUCCCCCAAUGAAGAAAGUUGUUGGAAGACCAACUAAAAAACGAAGAAGGGAGCAUGAUGAGGCGGCAUCAAGGAGUAGGCUGAGAAGAAGGUAUCCAAAAAUUAGGUGCACAAAAUGUGGUGGAGAGGGACACAAUAGAAGAGGUUGCAAAAAUCCACCAAUGCCUGAGCAAACUAUUGAUAAUAUGAGAGGUGGUAGGAGAGGUGGUGGUAGGAGGGGGGGAACUGGGAGAGGUGUUGGUGGUAGGGGAAUUGUUGCUACUAUUCCAACAAAUGCUACAACUAAGCUACCUGUGAGAAGAUCUUGGUUGACAGAAGGUGUUGCAGGCUCUGGGAGAAGUGAACCAGGAGGUUCUAGCUUAGCAACUACAAAUAUAAGCCCAGGUAGAAGGACCAAAUCUAGUGCCAAGAGGUUGCCAAACGUAUUUUCAUCCAUCCAAGGUGCAACAUCCAGCUCUAGGUAUAUGGCAAUGCUAAAUGCAACACAGGAGUCUGUCAACAAUGCAACCAAUCAUGCCUAAGGUUAUAGGUUCUUUUGCUAUAUGGAUAUUAAUCUAGUUCUUAAUUUGUGGUAUUAUGAAGUAAAUAUUUUGUGAUGAUAUAUGUUGGGAUGGAUGUUUUGAUAAAUUUAGGACAAUGUUUUGUUGGCUAACAUCUGCCUAUUUUGGACAAUGAAGAAGUAUGUAAAAACUGUUAAUUAUGUCUAUUUUGGAACACUAAUAUGA